AUGUCAUGUCACGUCUUUCAUGGUGACUCCUCCUCAUCCCACCUGCCACGCCCUUUUUGCGUCCCACAAUUGGCGCCGGCUUACACUCAGCUUGCCAAAGUGGUCCCAAAGUCGCACGCCUCGAGGCAAUUUACACUUAACGACGUCCAGAACAAACCCGCUGCAAUCGGCCAAGCCGUCCAAGAAAUUAAGGCGGAACUGAAGAAGCUUAGAGAGAAGUUGAAGAAAGAGAAAGGCGGUCCAAAUGAUGGUGUCAUCGACAGCUUGGAAGAUUUGAAACAGCAUGGUCUUGCUCAGAGUGCAUGGAAUGGUAAGAAUGUCAAAGGUCAAACUCUCAGUGGUCUUGGGAAAAUCCAUGGUGACCUUCAAGGUCAGAAUACUGAAUUGGGCAAGCAAAACAAAGCAAUUGGGGAGGCUAUACGUGACAUUAGGUGGCAACUUCUAUAUCUCGGAUUCAAGGUGCAAAAUAUCUUCAAUGAUGAUGACAUCCUAGACAACCUGCGCCGGUUGAAAGGUAGGAUCGGAAUGAAACAGAAUAUAGGUCUUGAGGCCAUUAAAAAUACAAUUCAACAGCUGCAACAAAAGUCAUUUCAACAGCAUCCCAAAACCAUCGGAGAUGCCAAGCAACAAAUUGUAGAUGAACUCACUACCCUUCGAGGUGAGUUGCACGGCAAGCCAGGCAGUGAUGUCAUUACAACGCUGAACGAUUUGCAGAACAGUGGACUAAGUGCAACUGAAACAUGGAAUGUUAAUAGUAAAAAUGAAAAAGGCCUCGCAAAAAUUAAUAGUGACCUUAACAAUCAACAAACUGCGCUGUCCAACCAACCCGGCGAAAUCGGCGGUGGCGUACAGGAGAUCACCGAUGAGCUUGACAGCCUUAGAGAGACGUUGAACACUGAGGUCACCGAUAAGCUGAAGAAGCUGAAAGAACAUGGCCUUACUGACGGUAAUACACCGUGGACAAUUGACGAUAAAAACUUAAAUGGCAUUCAAAAAAUCACCACGGACAUCAUUGCCAUAAAGGACAAGGACGUUGACCAAGUGAAGGACAAACUCAAGGAGCUGUGCACAGAAAUUCGUACCAUAACGAGGGAGGCAAAAAGGGACUUGGAACAUGUGAAAAAAGACAGGCUGGAAUAUGAGUUGACUGGAAUAAAAGACCAAUUGCACAACCUGCAGAUCCGUCUGGUGAGUGGGCCAAUUCAGGCCUGCAGGGAGUUCAUUAACAAGGACGCCGACAGAUUCGCAAGGGAAUGCAUUGCGUCCCUCACAGCGUUCGUCAACGGGCAAGUGGCCACCGCAAUCGACGACAUCACAGCCUUCGCCAGGCAGCAGUAUGUCUCCAACAUCAAGGAGGCGCUGGAGGCCUUCGCCCGGAAGGUGGAGGAGGAGCUGCGGGAGUUGCCGAAUGAAAUUAGCAGAGAUCUCUACUUGGGCUACAAGGGGUUAAUAAAAUACAUGUAUGGCCCUUUGAGUUCCGAUUUCACGGGCCGUGAAGAGAGCGUUCCACAAUUAUCCUCUGCGUUCCGGGAGCUUUAUGAGCAAGUACAGACGUAUCUCCUGGGGGAGAUAGGAAGAGAGGCCGACGAGCAAAACAGGAAGAAAAAUCCUGCGCUCCCGCCGUCCGAGGAGCCGUACAACAGUAAGCUCAACGAGGUGUACGACGCGCUGACCAAGUUGCUCACGUACCUCAAGGACAACGACACAUUUGACCACAGACUCACGGAGCUGCUCCGCAACCUCACCGACGCGCUGAGUGGCGUCAAGCCUGAGAGCUUCGCCAGGCCCUCAAGUCCCGUGCUGGACGGCCUGGUGGAGGGGCUCACAAAGUUCACCGCCGAGUUCACAUGUGCGUACGUCUCAAGAUACGCCGGCGCACAGUUCACCGAUGAAGAAGGUGAGAAGUGCGCCAAGGUCUUUCUCACCCUGCUGCCCACACUGUGCGACGCCUUCAACAGGCUGUGGGAGCAAUGCAACAAAGGCGGCAAGUGGAGGGACAUGAAAAUUAAUGCAACCAGUAAACUCGGCGCUUUCCUCCAGCGCUCCGGCUACAAGGUCUCAACCUCCGCCACCCUACAGGACGGCGAGCUGCGCGACGACUGCAUCGGCCACGACGUGUAUGUCCUGGUCAGCCAGAAGAUUGAGGAGACAGAGAACAACGCACACCUCAAAAAAUGCCUCUCCCUCCAACACGCCUGUAAUCUUUUAGGUAUCCUUAAAUGCCUCUGCACGCACCUCACUGAGUACUACCAGACGUGCCACCUCAAGGUGCAUCCCUCACCCCGGCCGCCGUGCUCUGUGUACGAGAUGCUCGUCUGGUGCUGCGGGCUUACGUACAACGCCGUGCAUCUGACCGUCACUCAUGAUGCCCUGCCGUCGCUGUUCGAGGCGGAUGAGCAGGACUCUACUGACACGGGAGUGUCCGUCACUGACCUCAGCAGCCUGGCGCUGAAGGCCCACCCGCGGGACAUAACACCGGCGUCACUCACCGACGCACUCACGGAGGUGUGCCACCGGUCGCAUUCAGUGCUCACCACGUUACUCGGCUACGGCCACGCAGAUGGCAUCUACGCCUGCGACUUCAACACCAACCCGGGAGGCCUGCUCUACCCCGGCGACGCCGACGCUUUGCUCUGCCUGCUGUUCGACGUCAUCAAACGCCUCCACCACCAACUCCAUUUCCUCUACCGCCGGUGCCUCUACAACGCCCGGCACGGCGGAUGGCUCGACUGCUGGUACGGCCGGGACGUCGGUGGCUCCAGUUGGAAGUGCAACACCAUGCAGUGUGCCAACCAAAUGUGUGACCAACAGUGCAACCAAACACACAACCAAAUAUGUAACCAACGCUGUGAUCAGCAUCCGAAGUGCGGCGUCAAGUCGCCGCUCCAGUCGUUCCUCGAGGACGGCCUGGUGGGCUUCCUGCCUCACCAGCUGUCGGCAGACGGCACCUGUGUCAAGUGCUCCGGCUGUGACACCAAGUCACCCGGCCUGCCGUGCAAGACGCCGAUGGGCCUUGCCAAUAUUACCAGGUUGGCCUCCCGUGCUGGACAAGGCCGAAGCAUCAUGGACGUCCUCGGCGCCUUCUGCGGCGGCGCAUCGUCGCCCCUCGCCAGGCUCUGCGGCUACCUGACUUGCCUCCUCACCCGCCCGCCCCGGACGCCAGACGACCUGUUCGCCUUCUACUACAACUUCAUAUGUGAGUGGAGUGACGGCGUUGAGCACCGUAAGGCGGCCUUCGAGGACGCCGUCGGCGACGCGUGCUUCCGGCAGCGGGGCGUGACACUGGACGUCAGUACAAUCUUCCGCACCAAGGAACAUGGCACACUGCCAGACAUGCCUCACCUCACCGGAGACCUCUUCUCACUCGUCAAGUGUAACGGCACUCCACGCUCCGCUCCGUCACACCCCUGCGGCCCCUACCUCAAGCCCCUCGGCCACGACGUCCGUGCCACCUUCUCCAAGGCACACGCCCACCUCUACCUCUCCUGGGUGGUGUACCUCACGGAGACUUUCUACGACUUCCUUCAAGAGCUGCUGCGAGACUGCGAGCGCAACUGCGCCGACGCCACGUCCAACUGCCACGCCAGGAGCUGCGCCAACGACUGCACAGCCAAGCGACGGCCACUGGCCCCGAACUCCACUCACACUGCCCACUGCCCCUCCAUCGUGGACUGCGACUCCACCACGCCCACACUCUUCCGGUACGGCUUCGUCCACAGGGACGUCCACAGCCUCGCCGGAUCCACCAGCGGCCACCAAGGCAAGCGCACCUGCGAGGAUUUCUGCAAGACCCUCCAAGUCGCCGUCAAGGAAAUGAACCCUCUCCACAGGCUGGCGCACGAGACCAUUCCCGAGUUCCUCUAUCGCAUCCGUGCGCCCUUCCUCUUCUGCCUCGUCACACUCUGGCUCACCGCCGCGCUCUACAUCGCCCACUCACUCCUCUACCGCAUGGACGUCCUGCGCAUCCGCUCCCACCUCCUCACCACCAGGGCCUCCCACCUCGUCGACGUCAAGGCCUUACUCACUAAAGGCCGGAAGAUGCUCUCACUCUACAAGGACGUCGAUUACUUCGACGACGACUUUCACUCUCAACCCGCUGCAAUUGGCAAAGCCGUCGAGCAAAUUAAGGCGCAGCUUGGAAAGCUUAGGGGGAAGUUGAAGAACACUAAUAAAGAUGAUGCCAUUAAAAGGUUGACAGAUUUGAAAAGCUUUGGUCUCGGGGAUAGUGAAUGGAUAUUGAAGGACCCAACAUGGAACGGUACUGACAGUUUAAAGGCGAUACAGAACCGUGUCAAAUUUCAGAAUGAGCAACUGGGCAAACAGCCUGAAAUUAUUACCGACGCAAUAGAAGUAAUAAGGGGGGAGCUUUCAAAAGUAAGAAUAGAUAUGAACAAUGUCUUCAAUACUGAAGACGUCGUGGACUUGUUGCAGCGGUUGCAGAGGAAGAUUGGUCACGGUGGACAUGCAGGCCUGCAAGGAAUUUCUUAUGCGAUUAAAAACCUCCGAGAAGGCCCGUUUACUAGAAAUCCCGACGAUAUUCACAAAGCCAACGAAGCAAUUAAGGGAGAACUCACUACCCUCCAAAAUGAGUUGCAAGGCGCCAAGCCAGGCAGUGAUGUCAUAAAGUCACUAGACGAUUUAAAGGACACUGGGCUAAGUGGAAAGGACAAAUGGAAUGGUGAUAAAAAAGGCCUCUCAAAAAUUGAUACUGAACUUCAAGGUCAACAAAAUACGUUGUCCUCUCAGCCCGGUGUAAUUGAGGGAGGCGUCCAAGACAUCAUCAGUGAGCUUACAAAGCUCCAGAAGCAGUUGAGUGAACAGGUCACCGAUAAGCUGCAGAAGCUGAGAGAGCAUGGCCUUAAUAACGGCGGAAACAACUGGACGGAGGACAAAACAAAUGUAAAUGGUAUUCAAAAAAUCACCGAAGACAUCGAGACCAUAAAAACCAGGGACGUCGAUAACGUCAAGCAUCAUCUCAUCGCCCUGUGCAGUGCUGUCAGGCAUAACGCAAGAGAUCUCAGAGACAUUUUAAAGGAUGUCAAAGAAAAUUUGGUCGGCGAGUUGACAAAAAUAAAAGACAAAUUUAGUGAUCUGCUGAGCGAGCAGGUGAGGCCUGUGAUAGCAGAGGUGAGAGGCUUCGUAAAAUUCCUCGACAACGGCAAGGCGCAACUCAUCAGAGAACUCCACGCAUUCGUCAACAAGGAGGUCAAGGCAGCCGAAGAGACAUUGAUCAGGGAGGCACGCCGGCAAUGUGUCUCCAACAUCAAGGAGCUUUUGAAGCUGUUCGCCCGGAAGGUGGAGGAAGAAUUGAAUCCCUUACCUCCGUUAAUAACCGAGGAUCUGCAGAUGGGGUAUAAAGGGUUUAUGUAUGAUUUCCAGCAACGCUUCGUCACUCACAUAUCCCCUCUAAAGGGUGCGCUGCAACUCGAGGCCCUGUCCACAGGCUUCAAGCGGUUCCAACUGGCGCUCUCGGGAUACAUCAGCGCAGAGAUCAGGAGAGUGCACAGCGAGGAGAGCAAGAAGAAAAACCCUGUGCCCCAAGAACCGGAAACGCUCUACACUGAUAAACUUGUAAGAGUCACACUCUCAUUGAAUGCGUUACUUGAAUACAUUAGAACUGAGGAUACCUUCGACCACCGACUCCAAGCCCUGCUCCGCAGCCUCACCGACGCGCUGAGUCACCUCAAGCCGGAGAGCUUCGCCAGGCCCUCGAGUCCCGUGCUGGACGGCCUGGUGGAGGGGCUCACAAAGUUCGCCGCCGAGUUCACAUGUGCGUAUGUCUCCACCUACGCCGGCGCACAGUUCACCGCUGACUUGCUCAAACAUGAAACCCUCACCGAGACCGUAAGAUCCCAAGGCACAAAGUCCGUCACAGUCAGAAACGUUACAAAGCUGACGCCAUACGGCGCCAUGUGCGCCAAGGUCUUCCUCACCAUGCUGCCGACACUGUGCGACGCCCUGCGCAGGCUGUGGGAGCAGUGCGGCAAAGACGGCAGCUGGAGGGAUCUGAACAUUAAUUCAAGCAGUAACCUCGGCACGUUCCUCCACCGCUCCGGCUACCGUGUUGCCACAUCUCCCUCUGACCAGGACGGCGAGCUGCGCGACGACUGCAACGGCCACGACGUGUAUGUCCUGGUCAGCCAGAACAUUACGGAUACAGAGAACAACGCACACCUCCAAAAAUGCCUGUCCCUCCGACACGCCUGUAAUCUGUUAGAUCUCCUUCAGUGCCUCUGCACGCACCUCCACCAGUACUACAGGACGUGUCACCUCAAGGUGCAUCCCUCACCCCGGCCGCCGUGUUCCAUCUACGAGAUGCUCACAUGGUGCUGCGGGCUCCCGCACAACGCCGUGUACCUGGGCCUCAACUCCGAAGCACUGCCUUUGCUGUUCGAGGCGGAGGAGCCGGACUCCUGGGACUCCGACGUGCCCUUGAUGAACCUCAGCAGCCUGGCGCUGAAGGCCCACCCGCGGGACAUAACACCGGCGUCACUCACCGACGCACUCACGGAGGUGUGCCACCGGUCGCAUUCAGUGCUCACCACGUUACUCGGCUACGGCCACGCAGAUGGCAUCUACGCCUGCGACUUCAACACCAACCCGGGAGGCCUGCUCUACCCCGGCGACGCCGACGCUUUGCUCUGCCUGCUGUUCGACGUCCUCAGACGCCUCCACCACCAGCUCUAUUUCCUCUACCGCCGGUGCCUCUACAACGCCCGGCACGGCGGAUGGCUCGACUGCUGGUACGGCCGGGACGUCGGUGGCUCCAGUUGGAAGUGCAACACCAUGCAGUGUGCCAACCAAAUGUGUGACCAACAGUGCAACCAAACACACAACCAAAUAUGUAACCAACGCUGUGAUCAGCAUCCGAAGUGCGGCGUCAAGUCGCCGCUCCAGUCGUUCCUCGAGGACGGCCUGGUGGGCUUCCUGCCUCACCAGCUGUCGGCAGACGGCACCUGUGUCAAGUGCUCCGGCUGUGACACCAAGUCACCCGGCCUGCCGUGCAAGACGCCCAUGGGCCUCUCCAACAUUACCAGGCUGGCCUCCCGUGCCUCCCAAGGCCGACACAUCAUGGACGUCCUCGGCGCCUUAUGCGGCGGCGCAUCGUCGCCCCUCGCCAGGCUCUGCGGCUACCUGACUUGCCUCCUCACCCGCCCGCCCCGGACGCCAGACGACCUGUUCGCCUUCUACUACAACUUCAUAUGUGAGUGGCGCAGUAGCGGCGAGCACCGUAAGGCGGCCUUCGAGGACGCCGUCGGCGACGCGUGCUUCCGGCAGCGGGGCGUGACACUGGACGUCAGUACAAUCUUCCGCACCAGUAACCACGGCUCAGUGCCGGAAAUGCCUCACCUCACCGGAGACCUCUUCUCACUCGUCAAGUGUAACGGCACUCCACGCUCCGCUCCGUCACACCCCUGCGGCCCCUACCUCAAGCCCCUCGGCCACGACGUCCGUGCCACCUUCUCCAAGGCACACGCCCACCUCUACCUCUCCUGGGUGGUGUACCUCACGGAGACUUUCUACGACUUCCUUCAAGAGCUGCUGCGAGACUGCGAGCGCAACUGCGCCGACGCCACGUCCACCUGCCACGCCAGGAGCUGCGACAACCAAUGCCAAGCCAAGCGACGGCCACUGGCCCCGAGCUCCAAUCACACUGCCGACUGCCCCUCCAUCGCGGACUGCGACUCCACCACGCCCACACUCUUCCGGUACGGCUUCGCGCUCAGGGACGUCCACAGCCUCGCCGGCUCCACCAGCGGCCAACAGUCCAAGCGCACCUGCGAGGAUUUCUGCACAGCACUGCAAGUCGCCGUCAAGGAAUUGAACCCUCUCCACAAGCUGGCGCAUGAGACAAUCCCCGAGUACCUCUAUCGCAUCCGUGCCCCCUUCCUCUUCGCCAUCAUCGCACUCUGGCUCACCGCCGCGCUCUACAUCGCCCACUCACUCCUCUACCGCAUGGACGUCUUACGCAUCCGCUCCCACCUCCUCACCACCAGGGCCUCACACCUCAUCGACGUCAAGGCGCUGCUCGCCGGCAGCCGCAGGAUGCUCUCACUCUACAAGGACGUCGACUACUUCGACGAAGACCUUAACUCAUGA